UGGCUUGCAGACUUGCACAAAACUGCUGCAAAAGUCGCAUCCGAACUGACUCGGAAAGGAUAGUUGCAAGUCAGUUGGUUGAUUUGAGUUCGGAUCAGUCGUCGUCUCCUGCAGCUGCAAACUUACAUUUUGCUAGAGUUUGUUGUUCCAACUCGCGAUCGAGAAGGUUUGCAGGGGAGAUGAAGGCGACGCUGCUAGUCUUGUGCGGCCUGUUGGCCUGCAGCUGGGCGAAAACAGUGCCUGUUCGAACGGUGACAUACGAUGGAGAUCGCGUGUUCAGAUGCAACUCCAAGGAGAUGAGCAAGACGGAGCUGGCCAAGAUCUUCACGCACGACGCUGCAGACAUGUGGGCCGAGCGCGCUGAUGGUACGUUUGACGUGCGCACGCUCUCCCAACAGGAGCGAGGCGCCGAUCUCGAGGCCAUCCUUCACAGCACCGCCGCCUGCAACAUGGUCAUUGCCAACGUGGAGGACUACAUCGCCAGCUUCGAGGCCUCCGCUCGCGUCGCCGCCGAGAAAGUGAACUCCCCGGCCGCAUGGCACGACGACUACCACACGUAUGCUGAGAUCUACGCUUGGUACCAGGAGCUGGCUCUGGAGCAUCCCGAUGUGCUUCACUUCGAGUCCACCAUCGGCGAGUCCGGCGAGGGUCGCCUGCAGCCGGCCGUACACAUCGCUGGCGGCUCGCGCACCAACAGCUCGCGCCACCGCAUCUACUUCCAGUGUCAGAUCCACGCCCGUGAGUGGAUCAGCGGUGCGACAUGCAUGUACAUCGUGGACUAUCUUGUCAACUCUUAUCACACCGACACCAGGGUCCGAGAGUUACUGGACACUAUUGAGUUCGUCGUCGUACCAUUCACCAACCCUGAUGGAUAUACCUACACAUGGAACGGCGACCGCCUCUGGCGCAAGAACCGACGUAUUAAUGCGGGCAGCACAUGCCGAGGCGUCGACCAGAACCGCAACUACAACAGCCACUGGAACGAGGGCGGCAGCUCCAGCAAUCCUUGCAGUGAGACUUACCACGGACCAGGACCUGCCUCGGAACCCGAGACGCAGAACACACAGAACUACUUCCGCGAGAACUUCCCGAUUGUUGGAGCCAUUGACUGGCAUUCCUACUCGCAGCUGAUCCUCCGCCCAUGGGGCUACACGAGCCAGGACAGUCCCGACGAGUCGCGCCUGAGCAGCCUGGGCUCCACCAUGCGCAGUCUCAUCCUGAGCGUGCACGGCAUGUCCUACACGUCGCAGAAGUCCAUCGGCCUCUACCCGACCAGCGGAACCGCCAGCGACUGGUUCUAUGACUACGAGGCCAACGAGGGAAACCCGUUCCGCGCCGCCGGCUACACUGUGGAGCUGCGCGACACCGGUCGCUACGGAUUCCUCCUGCCACCGACCGAGAUCAUCCCUACUGGGCAGGAAAUGAUCCCAGCCGUACUGGAGUUUGCAGAGUCUCUCACCCGCGACCCGCUCACCAACUGAGCAGGCUCACGCGCACGGGCCGAUGGUCGCGAGAGCGGCGGACAUCACGGAGACAGCUUUUACAUGCGUGCAGCUCGUUCAGCUGCCGAUCUGUUCUGUGUGACGUGAUGAUGUCAUUAUGACGUCACCAGUGAAUGGCCGUUGGAUAUACUUUGUUUAGUUCUAUUAGAGGCAUCGCUAACUGGCCUCCAAGUGGCCUUGUGAUAUUCUACCUACAUGAUUGUAUUUCUCUGAGCUGGUCUUUCACUGCCAAGCCCAAUGUCGUUUCGUUACAUUUUGUGUAAUGUUCCGUUCCCUCAGUCUAUGAAUAUUUGUGUAUUCUUAUUUGGAAUUUUUCAAUUUACGCACAAAGAUUGACUAUUUUGGAUUUCCUGCUGCAUGCUAGUUAGCAGUGGGCCUAAUUUUUGAUAAUUUUCUCUCUCUCUCUCGUAUCUGUAAAGAAGAGUGCGGGCUGGUCACCGGCUCCAUUGCUAAGA